UCACAAUGGGUGCCAUUCCUGAAGCCGAUCCCGAUGAGCCCGUCGAGACCAAGCCCUUCAAGUUCGUGACAGGUGGCUAUGACGCUCGUUUCCCCCAGCAGAACCAGACCAAGCACUGCUGGCAGAACUACGUCGACUACCACAAGUGUGUCACCGCCAAGGGCGAGGACUUCCGCCCAUGCCGUCAGUUCUACCACGCCUUCCGCUCUCUCUGCCCCAAGGCCUGGACCGACAGAUGGGACACCCAGCGUGAGGCCGGCAACUUCCCCGCUCGCCUGGACCGGUAGAUGCGUAACCGCUUUUUAUCACAGUUGAUUGAAAUUUCAAGUGUUUUCCGUGUCUAUCAACAUGUACUCUACCCUUAGUUGAUCCAGCGAGAAAUGUUAGAUCCGGACCCCCAGACACGCCAACUGGGAGAGAUGGGUGUAUAUAGACUCGCGUAGUUGGAAUGGAUGUGCGAAUGUCUAUCACUG